AUCCAAAACCCAUUAUCAAUAACUUCUCCCGCAUUCCCCAUAGAUACUAACCGACAGGAAAUACAUUCCUCAAAUAAUAAACACCACGUCCACCAAAAAUCGGUUUCACCAUUUCGGCAAGUGCAUUCACCCCAACAAAAAGUAUGACACAUACCAGAGCAUUGAACUCCACCGCGGAAAUCAUGCACUGUCAAAACUGCUGACUGCCAAAACCGCUGACUUGACAGGUCGAUCCCCUCUAAGAAUUGGUAGUGGGAAAACCACGCCAUAAUUUCCACCAAUUAGAAAUCAAUUCGUGUAACCACCACGAACCGAUCCGCUCCCCAAAAUCAAAAAUCGAAAUCAGUCUAGAAGCAACCGUCGGAGCGAUAGUUUGACUUGGUGGAAAUUACUUUCCGGAAUCGAUCUGUCUCUUUCGGGCCUCCCAUACUAUAAUUCGCGAUAGAGUCGAUAUAGUGCGCGGUAAUCUAUUUCACCAUAAUAAAUAGCUAAACGGCCGGAAGUGUACAGGGAUACUGCAUCCUUUAAUCGAAAGUAGGAGUGUUUCUUGCAAUUUUAAGAGGACCAAUUAAUCAGUUUCCGUGGUUGUGGACAUUCUCAAAAACUUAUCCAAAAACAUUGUGCAUUAAUUAUAAGCGAGUGGGUGAACGUGGCAUGAAUAAGAAGUAUUCAUGAUAGGAUCAGAGGCCAUUCUGAUUCUGGUGAAGAAAGACGAUUGUGUCACCGAAGGAUCCACACAUCCCCAAUACAUAAGGGAUAGUAUACAUUUACACACUUGAACUAUCCAUCAUAAUCGGGCCCAAGAUGACCAGCAUCCCAUUGAUCGUAAUAAUCGGGAGUAUAAGUUUCCUGGUGAGAAUAGCCAUAACGGAACGGCUCUAUCGAAAAGAUCCCCUUGCAUAUAAUCCGGGAAUCUACUAUGAGAAAAUCGAUCAAAUAAGGAGAAUAAACCGGAACUGGCGACUAAUGUUGACCAUCGAUCUAGAAGGCUUAUCAGGUCAACCUUUACCCGGACAGAUUAUGAUCGAGAAACAUUACAAAGACUGUGCUGCUCACCAAGAACCACGGAAUUGCCGACAAGCCCUAGGACUAGACAAAAUGAAUGACCUCGCAAAGGAGCUUCGAUAUAUCCAAGAACAUGGACAACAGGUUUUACAAUCCAACCCAGCGCACAUGCGAGCACCAUCCCGAACAGCCAGGGCGCCGUUCUUCGGCUUUAUCGGAACAAUUGCCAGAAAAGUUUUCGGAACAAUGGACUAUAACGACCACGAACAUAUUACUAAAGAAAUUAAUCGAUUAUACCAAGACCAACGCCAAAUAACACAUCUGAUUGAAAAUUCCACACACCUGAUUCAGGCUGAGAUAAACUCGAUGAAAAUGAUUAAUAACAAGAACAUUUUAAGGAUGAGACAAGCGGAGGAACAACUGGACCGGCUGACCAACAAAUCAAAUAACAUGAUUACACACAUCAACUCUCUGGAAUACCUGCAACAUUUGACACAAAUAGCAAAUGAAGCAGAGUAUGGCGCCCGGAAAUAUCUAGAAACUACUCACAAAGUGGUGCAAGCAGUUGAGGAAGCAAAACAUGGGAAACUAAAUCCAAUGCUAAUAAACAACGAACAAAUUAAAAACGCCGCCCAAGAAAUAGAAAAGGCUGCAGAGGAUAGUCUCUUCCCCAUCAACAAAGAGAAACUGGACAUAACCCUUUUAGCCCAGAUAAGCAAGAUGGAAACAGGACACAGCAAAAGAAAAUUUCUAGUUAUUCUGAAUAUACCCCUACUAGCAAGAGAAUCAAUGGAUCUAUUCAAAAUCAUAUCAUGCAAAGUUCCACAAACAGUGCAAAGAAACAAAACAGUUGCAGCAUAUAUCCAACCCGAAAAGGAAUACAUCAUGACCUCCAAAAUCAGUCCAAAAUUCGCCCUCACUGACGAAAGCUACCUGAGAACCUGUAUCCCCCUAGAAAACUGCCUUGCUUGCCCCAAAGGAUUGCCAAUGCAAAAACCGGGAGCAACCCCGAGUUGCGAGUAUCAACUCCUCACCAACGCCGAUUUAAACCCAACACCAAAAGCAUACCAAAAUUGCAACAUACGUCUGAGCAACAACUUGAACACCCAAUGGACAAAAUUAACCCACAGUGAAGGAUGGUUAUACUCAGCCAUACAACCAGAAAGGCUAGAGAUAACAUGCCAGGGGCUGGAAGUCGAAUCGACCAUCAUCAAUGGAACAGGAAUCCUUCACCUCAACAACAGAUGCUCGGCAGAAACAAAGACCAUCAUAUUGGAAGGGACCGGCCUCAUCGAGUCCCAACUACCAACAAUUCAUGGCAUACCCAUCACCAUGAAUAUCACCGAAAUAGCUCCUAGUCUGAGUGACGCACCAAAGAAGAUGGGUAUGCUUACCCAAGUUGAACAUCAUGCCAUCCCAGAUAUCGAUAACACCAAAAUGUUCGAUGAGUCUAUGCAGCAGACCAUUGACGCAGCAAAGAAAAUAGGCCUACACCACCAAGAAGAAUACACACACCGCAUAUUCACAGCCGCAAACUGUAGUAUCACAGGUAUUCUCUCCGUGGUCACCAUCAUCGCAGGAAUUGUGGCAUACACAAGAGGGUGGAGUAUAUUACCGCUGCUAAGCUACUGCUGCCGCAGAAACAGGAUAAAAACCACCAGAGAACAACAAUGCAAAAACCAGAAACGACCAGCCAUUGAACGAUUCGAGGAGGUACCAAUGGCCACUAUCAGCAUGCCCGCCGUAAGAAUAGCCCCCGCGCUACCAGCACUCCCACCACCAAUCCGAAAAGAGAACCAGGAGACCUCCCCACCAGAAUCACCUCAACGGACAGGCGUAACUAUCAGCUACAUCUAAUAAAACAUCAGAAUAAAUGAAGUAACAAUAAUAGUAUCAAAGGCAAUAACAA